AUGGGAAACCGAGAACUCACCCCGGUCCAUGUACCGCUUCGAACAUCGAGUCGCAAAGCGGCACAACACGACCCAAUGAGCACCCAGGAACAGACUCGAAUGGCAGAUCGGCGAACCUCGAAGGCCCAAAGAUUUUUCGGAACCGAUAUAUCACUUCCCACGGAACAUGGCGGGUGGCAGGAGGCUCCAAAUGUACCCCGACCGAGCUUUGUUAAGCCACCCAACAGUGCUCCUAAGCAGAACACCGGCUUCGUUCCGUUCCCGCGCUCUUCGGAAAAUCAUCUGAUGCCCGAUCAAAACCUUCGUGUACGGGCUUCAUCACCUCUGCUAGGCCAUGACUACCAAUUACAGGAGGCCGCGCCGCCGCUUCCCAAGUUUUCGCCCAAGUCGUCGAAAAAAGUUCACCAUUCCGGUUCCUCGUCCACCCUUUUUUCCUAUUUCAGCUCGAAAGAAUCGUCGAAAUCACCCAAGAGCCAAGGACUCCAGCCUAGAGUACGACAUGAACUCAGUGUUGAGCCACAAGUGACAUACAAGCAGCCUCAGGAUCCACCGAAGGAAUCUAAGCGGAAGAUGCGCCCUCCAAAAAUUGACCUAUCCGGAUUGUUCCCGAAACCACGGAAUCCCGCACCACAAACACUUCUAUCCCCCCACCGAAUGGUCAACUCCCCCUCUCCCGUCUCUACAGUUGCUCCGGAUUCUUCUUCCAACAAAAUUGAAAGGAUAACCGGCGGUACAAGCAAUCCUACUAGGAGAUAUGUCGACCCACCUCCCCCUCCUCGCCGAUCUUCGAUCACCAAAAAUGACCCACCCAAGCAUGGCGGUGAUAAUUCAGAUAUACCUUCAAUUGCAGAGACCAAAAAUAGCGAGUGGUCGGAACAACCACUUGAGCGGACAGUUGGAACGAGUGAGAUUGAUUUAGCCCUGGAUCGAUAUGCAGGGCGGCGAUCACUUUUGAGUCGCUCAAGCAUGUAUACUACCAGCCACGAGAAAUUGCACCAAGAACACGAACGCCCCCAGGAACCUCGGAAGAGCUCGAAACGUGCUCAAAGCUCCUCUCGACAUAAGGAGACGUACUUGAGUCCUGCCUCAGGUCCAGACCCAAACCGUGAUCGCGGCUUGAGCACUUCCCAUGAAUCUUGGAAGACCGAUGAGUCAAAAUCAAAGAGCGAGAAGAGCUCGUUGACUAAGAAGAGCAGCAAAAGUACCCUGAAAAACAAAGAUCUGCGAAACACUAGUAUGCUUUGCCUCUCCUCCUCUUCAGAGGACGAGGAUGACGACCGAACUCCAACAACCGAGUCGAAGCGCAAUACGAACAAUUCGCGGAGAGGCAGUGUGGCUACUUACGACGAAUACGAGCCCCAGAUCUACACGGCUUCCACUGCCCACGCGACCUCUGCCACGGCGGUAAGACGCUCUGAACGGGCACUCUCGACUAGCACCCAUGGCUCCCGCCAAACCGAAAAGAGCCUGCCAGUGCCAGUAGCUCGCCCACGAAAGGUCUCUCGAUCCUCGAAUGGGAACUCUUCCCAGAAAAAUGGACGUACCACGCAACCUCGCCGUUCGAGUGGAGUACCUACUAUCCCGGAUGAGAUUCUGGCGCAAUUCCCGCAGCAGCCUCUCCGCACCCCCGCAGAGUUGAAAGAGUUAAACCGGAGGAGUCGUGUGAUCGCCGUGACCCGCCAAGAGCAAGAUCUCCUCGAGGCGAUGCGUAUCCGAAAGGGCAAGGUCACACCUAGCCUGCUCAACGCUGUUGGAGCGGACAGAAGAUCACUGGCCUCUGGCCCAUCGCGGGAUUCCUUCUGCGGAUCCGACACCUCAUUCCUGCGUCUCAGCAGUGUAUUCCCGCCAUUCGACGUCCGAUCCGAAAAGGGCGCUACCCAAUACAAAGAUGGAACGCCCUCCCAAAGCUCAGGUUCGGAUAAUGAACGGAAACCCCUCACCAAAAUUUCCUCUUCUGGUUUCAGUGCGGACUAUUCUGAGAGCCUGCCCUCUCCUUCCACCAGCGGUGCUUCGCCGAUGACACCUACUUUGCCAAUUCAUCGUUUCUCGCCGCUUCCCUCUCCCAGGCCACCCCCAAGUGGCCCCCCGCCUGCCAUCCCCGAAGAUCAGAAGCAGCAUACCCGCCGUCGCACCGAUAGUAGCGAGGCUAUCCUGCUGGAUGAUCUCGCUGAGUUGAAACGUAACAACGGUCUUCCUCUCUGGUCUUUUGACUUUGAUUGGAACCGGGAAAGCGCCAAUAUCGCUUCUGUGCACUGA